AUGGCAAGCGUGGUCGUGGAGACUAUCUGGCAGUCCAAGGAGAUCCACGAGGCGGGGGACCCGCCUGCAGGGGUCGAGAGCCGUGCCCAGCUGGUCCCGGAGGCUCCUGGGGGGGUAACCAGCCCUGCCAAGGGAAUCACGAAGAAAAAGAAGACCGUGUCGUUCCACGGGGUUGAGCCCCCGAUGUCCCAUGAGCCCAUGCACUGGUGCCUCAACCUCAAGCGGUCGUCAGCCUGCACCAACGUGUCCUUACUUAACCUGGCUGCCAUGGAGCCCGACUCCUCAAGCACAGACUCCACCACGGAGGACAGUGGCCCACUGGCGCUGCCCGGGCCUCCCGCCUCACCAACCCCGGCCUGGGCUCCAGAGGACCCAGACAUCACAGAAAUUCUCAGUGGGGUCAACAGUGGAUUGGUCCGUGCCAAAGACUCCAUCACCAGCUUGAAGGAGAAGACCACGCGAGUUAACCAGCACGUGCAGACUCUGCAGAGCGAGUGCUCCGUGCUGAGUGAGAAUCUGGAACGGAGGCAGCAGGAGGCGGGGGAGUUGGAGGGGUACUGCAGUCAGCUGAAGGGCCCCCGCCCUGAUGUCCUGACCCAGGAGAACUGCCGCAAGGUGACCCGGUCAGUGGAAGAUGCUGAAAUCAAAACCAAUGUCUUGAAGCAGAACUUCGCCCUGUUGGAGGAGAAGCUGCGGUACCUCCAGCAGCAACUGCAGGAUGAGUCGCCGCGGAGGCAGGAGGCCGAGCUGCAGGAGCUAGAGCAGAAGCUGGAGGCCGGCCUCUCCCGGCACGACCAGGGCCCCGCCGCUACGAACCUGGCCUGCUCCGGCCCUCCGGGCAGCCCCGAGGAACCCCAGCGGCCACGCAGCCUGGUCCCCAGUGGCUGGACAAUGGGGCCUCGGGCCGGAGAGGGCCUGUACCUGGGCGAGCAGGAGCUGCAGAGGGUCUCCACAGGCCUGGAAGAGCUGAGGAGGGAGGUGUCUUCCUUGACCGCCCGGUGGCAUCAGGAGGAGGGGGCAGUGCAGGAGGCCCUGAGGCUGCUGGGGGGCCUGGGCGGCCGGCUGGACGGCUUCUUGGGCCAGUGGGAGCGCUCACAACGCGAGCAGGCGCAGUCGGCGCGGGGCCUGCAGGAGCUUCGAGGUCGGGCCGAUGAGCUCUGCAGCAUGAUGGAGCGGUCUGCAGUGUCGGUGGCUUCACUGAGGAGCGAGCUGGAGGCGCUGGGCCCAGUGAAACCUAUUCUGGAGGAGUUAGGGAGGCAACUUCAAAGUUCCCGAAGGGGAGCCGAUCAGGCCUUGAACUUGGAUCGAUCACCCCAGGGGCCCUGCACACGCUGUGCCAGCCAGGGGCAGCAACUGUCCACCGAGUCCUUGCAGCAGCAGCUGGAAAGAGCGCUGACCCCGCUGGUCAAUGAGAUGAAGCAGAAGGGCCUGGCCCCUGCCUGUCCCAGCUGUCAGAGGCUACACAAGAAGAUUCUGGAGCUGGAGCGCCAGGCCUUGGCCAAACACGUCAGGGCAGAGGUCCUGAGCUCCACCCUCCGGCUGGCCCAAGACGAGGCCGUGCGGGCCAAGAACCUACUGCUGACGGACAAGAUGAAGCCGGAGGAGAAGGUGGCCACCCUGGAUUAUAUGCACUUGAAGAUGUGCUCCCUCCACGAUCAGCUAAGCCACCUGCCACUUGAGGGGUCCACAGGGACAAUGGGGGGAGGAAGUAUUGGAGGGGCUCCCCCAAAGCGUGGGGGCCCAGCCCCUGAACAAUAA